AUGGGUGCUGCUUACAAUAUCCUCGGUAGAUCCGUGCAACCUUACAUUUUGGCCCUUGCCACCUUGGGCUCUGUUGUCUUUGUCGUUGCUCCAAAGCCAUGGGGCCCAGCCAAGCCGGUGCACCCUCCUAUCAACGCUGCCUCUCCUGAAGAAGAGAAGUUCGUCCAGGACUUUUUGGCGAAGCACGCUGAGAAGCACUAG